AUGCAGGUGAAAAACCAGAUCUGCACCGAGCGCAGCAGCACCGACGACCCGGAGCAGGAUGACAACCAGAAGAAGACCUCGUGCUUCUCCAACAUCAAGAUUUUCCUGGUGUCGGAGUGUGCGCUCAUGUUGGCUCAGGGCACGGUGGGAGCCUAUCUGGUGAGUGUUCUAACCACUCUGGAGAGACGCUUCAACCUGCAGAGUGCCGAUGUGGGCGUCAUCGCCAGCAGCUUUGAGAUCGGUAACCUGGCCCUCAUCCUGUUUGUCAGCUACUUUGGCGCCAAGGCCCACAGGCCCCGCCUCAUUGGCUGCGGCGGUAUCGUCAUGGCUCUUGGGGCGUUGCUGUCCGCCCUGCCGGAGUUCCUGACCCAUCAGUAUGAGUAUGAGGCCGGCGACUCCUGGCACGCCGAGGACGGCAGGGACAUCUGCUCCAACAACUCCAGGUCAGAAAACAGAGACUCUGGGUUUAAAUGUGGCAACCGAGCCAACACCAACAUGAUGUACCUUCUGCUGAUCGGAGCCCAGGUUCUUCUGGGAAUCGGAGCCACACCUGUCCAGCCUCUGGGUGUGUCCUACAUCGACGACCAUGUCCACAGGAAAGACUCCUCACUGUAUAUAGGUAUUUUAUUUUCAACUUUAGUUUUUGGCCCGGCUUGUGGCUUCAUCUUAGGUUCCGUCUGUACCAAAGUAUAUGUUGAUGCUGUCUUCAUUGACACCAGUAAGCUGGACAUCACCCCAGAUGACCCUCGCUGGAUCGGAGCGUGGUGGGGCGGCUUCCUCCUCUGUGGUGCCUUACUAUUCUUGUCGGCCCUCUUCAUGUUCGGCUUCCCCCAGUCACUGGACCAGCAGGACAUGGACGGUGGAGGGGAGAGUGAGCAGGCCAUGCUGCCUCCUUCCCUGACCAUGGAAUACCAGGGCUCCAAACCCAAUGGGACCAUGCGGGGCUUUGAUAUAAACAGUGGCCUCACGGUCUGUGAGCAUCUGAGAAUAAUCCCUCGGGUCACCAGGCACUUACUCUCUAAUCCGGUGUUCAGCUGCAUCACACUGGCAGCCUGCAUGGAAAUUGCCGUGGUUGCCGGCUUUGCUGCCUUCCUUGGCAAAUACCUGGAGCAGCAGUUCAACCUUACCACCUCUUCAGCCAAUCAGCUGCUAGGUAUGACGGCCAUCCCGUGUGCCUGUCUGGGUAUCUUCCUCGGGGGGCUGCUGGUGAAGAAGCUUAACUUGUCUGCACUGGGCGCCGUCCGCAUGGCCAUGAUGGUCAACCUGGUAUCCACUGCCUGCUACGUCUCCUUUCUCUUCCUGGGGUGUGACACCGGACCAGUCGCAGGGGUCACUGUGGCCUAUGGCAACGAGACGCUGCGAUCCUGGCAGCGACCUGAGUCGCCGUGCAUCAAUAACUGCAACUGCUACACAGCGUCAGUUAGUCCUGUGUGUGGUUCCAAUGGAAUCACCUACCUCUCAGCCUGCUUCGCUGGCUGCACCAAACCAAACCUGACCAGCUGCGCGUGUAUAUCCAGCAACAGUGAGGAGGCCGUGGCGCUACCGGGGAAGUGUCCCAGUCCAGGCUGUCAGCAGGCCUUCCUCACCUUCCUGUGUGUUAUCUGUGUGUGCAGCAUGAUCGGAGCUAUGGCUCAGACACCCUCAGUCAUCAUCCUUAUCAGAACUGUAAGUCCAGAGCUGAAGUCUUAUGCCCUUGGGGUUUUGUUCCUGCUGCUGAGACUUAUAGGCUUCAUUCCUCCCCCUCUGAUCUUCGGCAUGGGCAUCGACUCCACCUGUCUGUUCUGGAGCUCGGUGUGCGGUGAGAAGGGAGCCUGCAUGCUGUACGACAACGUGGCCUACAGGCACCUGUAUGUCAGCAUCGCCAUCUUCCUCAAGUCCUCUGCCUUCAUCCUGUAUGCCACCACAUGGCAGUGUUUAAGGAAGAACUACAGGAAGUACAUCAAGAACAGCGAGGGGUACCUCACCCCCACCGAACUGUUUGCUUCCAACGUGACUCUGGACAAUUUGGGCAAGGAGAUAACGCAGAACCCGGCCAACAGGACAAAGUUCAUAUACAACCUGGAGGACCAUGAGACAUCUAACAACAUGGAGUCGGUUUUAUAG